GCUUCGUCUUGUCAGCUUCUUUCUCCGGCUAGUUUUCUCUGUUCUCCAUUUCUUUCAUACUCCCCCUCCCUCUCUCUAAACCACUGUUUUCAGAUCUGCCGAGCUCUACAGAGAGAAAUAAGAGCUCAGAUUUCUCUGCAAUGGCGGUUUCAAAGAAGUGGGUUACCAUGGCUUUGACUUCUGUGGUGCUUUUCUUGGUCCUCGUUGGCGUUGCUGCCCGAGUUCAGAAAACCGAAGUGUCUGAGUCUAGAGCUGGAGAGAAUGAGGAUUUGCAGGGUCCAAAGAACUCGACAAUGGCGGCCAGAUUGGCCGAGAUGGAGGAAGCUUUGAGCAAGCAUGCAGUGGAUGACCCGGAAGAGGUUGCCACCGUAGUUGCAGAGACCAUCAGAAACAGCACUGAGAGGCGAAAACUUGGGUACUUUUCAUGCGGGACUGGUAAUCCCAUAGAUGACUGCUGGCGAUGUGAUCCAAAUUGGAUCAACAACCGCAAGCAGCUUGCUGAGUGUGCUAUAGGGUUUGGGCGCAAUGCUGUUGGAGGGCGUGAUGGGAAAUACUACGUUGUCACAGAUCCUAAUAACGAUGACCCAGUGACCCCCAAGCCAGGCACUCUCCGCCAUGCUGUCAUUCAGGAUGAACCUCUGUGGAUUGUGUUCAAACGUGACAUGGUCAUAACAUUGAAGCAGGAGCUAAUCAUGAACAGCUUCAAGACGAUUGAUGCCCGAGGGGCCAAUGUUCACAUCGCCAAUGGUGCAUGUAUCACCAUCCAGUACGUCACCAACAUCAUCAUACACGGGCUCCAUAUUCAUGACUGCGUACCCACCGGAAAUGCUAUGGUGAGGAGCUCCCCAUCCCAUUUCGGGUGGAGGACGAUGGCUGAUGGUGACGGAAUCUCCCUCUUCGGGGCAAGCCACGUAUGGGUGGACCACAACUCCCUGAGUCACUGUGCAGAUGGACUCGUUGAUGCUGUCAUGGGCUCAACCGCAAUCACCAUCUCCAACAACCACUUUGCCCACCAUAAUGAGGUGAUGCUGUUGGGCCAUAGUGACUCAUACACAAGAGAUCAGCAAAUGCAAGUGACCAUCGCCUUUAACCACUUUGGAGAAGGUCUGAUCCAGAGGAUGCCAAGGUGCAGGCACGGCUACUUCCAUGUGGUCAACAAUGACUACACCCACUGGGAGAUGUAUGCGAUUGGUGGGAGUGCAAACCCAACCAUCAACAGCCAAGGUAACAGAUACCUUGCUCCACAGAACGGCUUUGCCAAGGAGGUGACGAAAAGGGUUGACACACCAGAGGAUAAAUGGAAGGGUUGGAACUGGAGGUCAGAGGGGGACUUGAUGCUGAAUGGGGCUUAUUUCACUCGAUCUGGAGCCGGUGCUUCAGCUAGCUAUGCAAAAGCUUCGAGCUUAAGUGCCAAGCCAUCGUCUAUGAUCCGUGCUCUCACUCAAAAUGCUGGUCCUUUAGGUUGCCGUAAGGGCAAUGCUUGCUAGCCAGCAACGCCCCAUCCUGUCACUCAUCAUACACAACAAAUAUGAAAGCAUAGUCUCUCCUUUUCUUUCUUCUUCCUAGCUUUCUAUCUGCUAUUGUUAUCCUAUCUGACCAUUACUACGAACAAACUACCUACAUCAAACUUAAUACCCACAUGUCCUUUGAUCAAAGUCAUCCGUCUGUAAGCUCGUCCAUACAAACCAUCACCACCACUAUUGGCCAGUGUACAUUUUUUGCACUUAGCCAGAUUCUAAAGUUGCACAACCUCGGCCUAAUUCUACCAAAUGAAGUGUAUGCUAUUGUUUGUGGGAUGCAGGUGCAGAAGCGUUGUCAUCUCUUCUCUUUUUAGUAGUUUAUCUUACAUUGUCAGUGUUUGGUCUGCUCUACAUAUUGUGAUUGGAUUCUAAGUUUAGUGAAAUUGGAGAAUGAUUUUCUAAAUUCUGUUUUUGUCUCUUUUUUAAGUAGCUUUUCUGUGACUUAUUAUUGAGCACCUGAGUCUUCAUAGGAUCUUUCUCACAUAGACUGUGAAUGUCAACUGUUAUAUUGGGGUGAAAGAAAUUACAGUACUUUGUGAUUGAGAGAAUGAUGCCAAAUUACUUUAAUAGUCACUGUUUAAAAGUAAAUUGUACUUAAAUGGUCAUCCUGCACAAUUACUACUUGAGAGCAAAACAGAUAGUGCAUGACUUUAAAUGCUUCAUCAUUUGGUUAGUUAAAAGUUUAAAACGUGGGAAACAUAUGAAAAGAUGUUAUAAUAUGUAAUAAUGUUCAUUCCUUGCCGU